CCGGUGUUUGAUUUAGACCAAGAUGUUACACGAACUUGUCUCGUGAAACUUUGCCACGUAUUUCUCUCCCUCUUACUCCUAACCUAAAUUCUUCCCCCAAAGCCCAAAUCUCACGUGAAAAAUCCCUCGAAUCCAAAGGAAAAUUCGAAAGUUUCAGACCUUUGUGAGCUGAAGUGGAGAUUUUAUCACUCGACUCUUUCUUCAGGACUUCGAAGGCAUUAAUCUAAACAAAUUUUAGAUUCCAAGUAAUCUUAGUGGAUCCAAGUUUCAUAUCCUUUGGAAAACAACGAGGAUUCUCAAGAUCGUUUCACCCAGCAUUUCUGUUCCAUACAAAUGGCAACCAAUGAGAACCUUCCCCCUAAUGUCAUUAAACAGCUUGCUAAGGAAUUGAAAAAUCUUGAUGAUUCCCCACCAGAAGGCAUUAAAGUGGUUGUUAAUGAUGAUGAUUUCUCAAUUAUAUAUGCUGAUAUUGAAGGGCCUGCUGGAACUCCAUAUGAGAAUGGUACAUUCCGGAUGAAACUGUUGUUAUCACGUGACUUUCCCCAAUCGCCUCCAAGAGGUUAUUUUUUGACUAAAAUCUUUCAUCCGAACAUUGCAACAAAUGGUGAGAUUUGUGUUAAUACGCUGAAGAGGGAUUGGAAUCCCAGUCUUGGAUUGAGACAUGUUCUGACAGUUAUCCGAUGCCUACUGAUAGAACCCUUCCCGGAGUCUGCACUCAAUGAGCAGGCUGGUAAAAUGUUGCUUGAGGAUUAUGAAGAGUAUGCUAGGCACGCAAGGUUAUACACCGGGAUCCAUGCUCUUAAGAAACCAAAAUCCAAGACCGGUGCAAUAUCAGAAUCCACUACUUCUCUAAACAUCGAUUCGACUAAUCCUGUUCACAGUAGCAAGAUUUCAUCACAGUCUGCUAGUGGACAUGCAUCUAGAGUUCCAGGACUCACCGAGCAAGAUCAAAACACAAUUGCUCCAGUGACUGCCUCUAUUGGUGGAGCCUCCGUCUCAGCUGUUCAGAAGAAAGCAGUUGUGACCGCUGCAAAACCUCAGAUGGAGAGAAAAAAGGUGGUGGAUGCAAGGAAGAAGAGCUUGAAGAGAUUGUAGAGGGGGGAUGAAAUGGUGGAGAGCGACAUAUUAAUAAUAAACGAGGCACUUUGUGUUACUGAAAUGGGUUGUUGUAAUGUUGUGUUUAACUUUUUUUCUUCUUGUAAACAUACUGCAGUUUUUAAUCUUAAUAGCUCUCCAAAUUGUUCUUUCAGUUCAA